AUGUACGGUGCAAAGCUGGCUGUGCUUCUCUCGAGUCUGCCCGACGACGACGACGGGUUCAACACGGUGAUAGCCGCUGCCCGAAUGGCCGAACAAGCAACGACGUGUCGCAGAACCUGCUUCUGGCUGGCCAUGCUCGACCCGGCAAAGCUCCAACGGCUCCUGACGGUCCUCACGGAGCGUGAACGAGCUCGUCAGGCGGCAUGCUUUGCAAAUCCUCCACGACCGACUUACAGCGCAUCGACAGCCUUGCAAGAACAGAAUGCGCCUAAGAACCGAUACGCCGACGUCAUACCGUACGAUAGCACACGAUGCCUCCUGCAGGAUGGUGGCUACAUCAAUGCAAACUGGAUCACUUGUGGCUCCAGACGCUUCAUCGCUUCACAAGGACCCACCGAGUCGAGCGUGACUGAUUUCUGGUCACUUUGUCUCGGGCCACCGGCUGAUCGACCUUGCAUGAUCGUCAUGCUCACUGCUUUUAUGGAGGCAGGUCGACAAAAGUGCUUCCCUUACUUGCCACCCGCGCCGGGCACAGACCUACUGUUAGGCACGCCGAGCGAGCCUCAGAAGCUACGAGUGAGCUGGCAGUCCAGUGCGCCAAAUACGGCGUGGCAUGAGAACUUGCUCGAGAUACACGACGUUGCCAGUGUCGUCGAGCCGCACUCAUUGGUCCAUCUGCAAUACGAGGCCUGGCCCGACCACGGGACCGUUGAUCCUGAGCAUCUCCUCGCGCUGGCAGACCGGAUAUGCGAUUUGCAUGCUGACCCAUCGAGGAGUCAGCUGCCAAUUCUGAUCCAUUGCUCGGCCGGUGUCGGCCGGACGGGCACACUGAUAGCUAUGCUGGCACUCUUGGAUCGAGUCGAAAGUAAUGGACUGCCGACGUACUCGGAUCAGUCCGCGCUGGGACCCUUGCCGGCAGACGUGCGGAGCGAUGCCGUAUCGCUCGUCAUCGAUAGCCUUCGCGAGCAACGUAUCAUGAUGGUCGAACGCAAGGAGCAGUUCCUGCUCGUUCACGAUGCCUACGAGCUGUUUCAGAGGCGUAAGAUUGCAGUCGUGUGAUAGUACAACACUAGCGUGAAACGUGGCGAGGAUCAGCGGCG